AUUCUUAUCCCGACUUCAACAACUGCUUCAUAGAACAAUAAACUAUAGCCAAAACAAAAUAAAAACAUCAACAACCAUAAUGGUUAAUUCCUCUGGUUUUCUCCUCGCCGUUCCGUUGGUCUUAGUUACUUUUAUCUUCGCCUUGUUGAGCGUCGACGCAAAUGGUGAGCACCAUUUGAGCUGGAUUCCGACUGAGUCUAGCUGCAAGGGGUCGAUGGCUGAAUGCAUGGCUGAGGAUGAGUUUGAGAUGGACUCGGGGAUUAACAGGCGCAUAUUGCAGACCACACAGUACAUUAGCUAUGGAGCUCUGCAGAGGAACACAGUGCCAUGCUCGCGAAGGGGUGCAUCCUACUAUAACUGUCAACCAGGAGCACAAGCCAACCCUUACAAUCGAGGCUGCAGUGCCAUUACUCGUUGCCGGGGUUAAGGUUUUUCGCCGUCCUUUUUUUCCUUCAGUUUCAUUGGUUUCUCUAUUUAUGUUGGUGGAGAAGCUCCCAUGUCAUCCUUUGUCCUUUAAUUUUGUGUUUGAAAUUUUACCUUCAAAUUUAAAUAAAAAGGAGGAACAUAUACUCU